UCGAAGGUAGAUACAUCCGAAAGACACGAGCGGAUAGUACAAUUUUAAGCUUUUUCGACUUUUAUUGAACAGUUCGUAGUCGUAAAUUGUUUAGCUCUUAAAAGUAGUUUUCUUCAGUUGCGAAAUGAGUGCCCCACUGGCUGGGAACGCGUAUCAGGUCGCGUGGGACGAGGAGAGCACAAUAAAACUGAUACGGGCCUAUCAGAAUCAGACGUUGUUAUGGAACACCGAACAUCGGGCACACACCCAUCGCCAGGACAGGAUCGAUGCCUGGAUGAGGGUGGCCUCCGCGAUGGACAUGCGGGUGCAGGACAUCAAGCGGAAGAUGAACUCCAUGAUAGCGGUCCACCGAUCGCAGUUGCGGCGCGGAACUUCCUGCCGAAGGUGGUGGGCCGCUCACUUCGCCUUUCUAAUGCCGUCCAACAAAAACCACUAUGCCGCAGCUGAGGAGAGCGAAAAGACUAAAAAGUGUAAUUUUUCGGAGAACAGUUUUGGCUCGUUUUCCGAUGCAGAAUUGGAGGAUUUGAGCAGUGAUUGCGAGUUCGUGGAGGAGGAUCCCCGUAAAAGACCCUAUCGCUCAGCGUUUCGAGAGUUUCGAGCCGAAUUCGAGCCAGCAAAAAAACAGAGAUCAGCGGUCCAGGAAAUUAAUCUGGAUUUGAUAGAGGACUCAACCGAGGAUUUGGUUCAAGAGCAAGCCUCCAGUAGUAGUCAUCCCGAGGAGCUGGAAAAUUUUUAUGAAAAGGCAGAGGAGAAAGCCGAUGAGAAGCUAGAGAAAAAGUCGGAGAAUGGGGAGCCAGAUACCACGGAUAGUGUCAGUAAAAACGAUGAUUCAGCCCUCUAUAUGAAGUAUGUGGCCUGUAAGCUGGCCAACUAUCCGCCUCGCAUUCGCAGUUCUGUCCAGUUUCAGUUCAAUCGCAUUCUCUACGAGGCCGAUAUGGACCUCCUUGGUGACGCUUAUAAGCCCAAAUGAUCGAAAUGCUCAAACGCCACUUGGAAAACUCACUUUAGCAUCACACUAAAAUCGACGUUUUAUGAUCACACAGCACAGAUAAAUCUUUAUACUAAACUUUUGAAUGAAUGAAACAAAUUAUAGAAGAAAACAUAUAUACUUGCUUUUCUUAGAAUUUAUUUGCAAAUUGUUCACUUAUGUCCUUCGAUAAUGAAUUAUCACACUAAAAGCAACUCAUAAUAAAUACGUA